AUCUAUUCUGUUUGUAUAUGUAUGUACAUACAAUGCUGGUCUAAUAUGUCUGCGUUCGAACAUGUAUAUAUUGAAACGUUAGACAAAAGAAACAAAACAAACUCAGCUUUUAAAAGUAUGAAUCUCAAACUUAAGCUCAGGCCUAGCUUCUUCCUCUUCUCUCUGGUUCUCAUUUUACUUCUCACAGUCCCUGAUUUCGGAUCUGCAGCUAAGCCUAAAUGCAUAUCCACCGAGCGACAAGCUCUUCUCACCUUCAGAGCAUCACUCAAUGAUACUUCGGGUCGACUCAAAUCUUGGUCCGGACCUGAUUGUUGCAACUGGUCUGGUGUUCUCUGUGACGUACGGACCAGUCACGUCGUCAAGAUUGAUCUCAGAAACCCGGUUCAAGACGUUCGCUCCGAUGAGUAUGAAAGAAGUUCCUUGCGAGGGAAGUUACAUCAGUCUUUGACCAGUCUCAAGUUCUUGAGCUACCUGGACUUGAGCUCAAACGAUUUCGGUGGAGUCGAGAUUCCAGAAUUUAUCGGCCAAAUCGUUAGCCUAAGGUACCUGAAUCUUUCUUCCUCCUCGUUUUCCGGUGAAAUUCCUGCCAAUCUUGGGAAUUUGUCGAAGCUGGAGUCUCUUGAUCUCUCCGCUAGUUCUUUGCGUGCAAGCAACCUCCGGUGGCUUUCUGGUCUGUCUACUUCUCUGAAGUACCUCAACAUGGCAAAUGUGAAUCUGAGCGGUGCCGGUGAAACCUGGUUAGAGGAUUUCAGCAAAGUCACGGCGCUUAAGGAGUUGCGUUUGUCAGAUAGUGAGAUUAAGAACUUGCCUCUCUCUUUGUCUUCCUCUGCGAAUCUGAAGCACCUUGAAGUUCUUGAUUUGUCUGGAAACUCUCUCAAUACGCCAAUACCCAACUGGCUAUUUGGUCUCACUAACCUCAGAGAGCUAUCCCUCAGAUGGUGUUUUCUGGAAGGUUCCAUUCCUACCGGGUUCAAGAACUUGAAGCUUCUAGAGACACUUGAUCUGUCGAAUAAUCUGGCACUCCAGGGCGAGAUUCCAUCUGUUCUUGGAGACCUUCCUCGACUGAAGUUUCUUGACCUUUCUGCAAACGAACUCAAUGGUCAAAUCAAUGGUUUCUUAGACGCCUUGUCCAGAAACAAAGGCAACAGCUUGGUCUUUCUCGAUCUCAGUUCCAACAAGUUAGCUGGGACAUUGCCUGAGUCGCUUGGAGCGUUGAGGAAUCUGCAGACUCUGGAUCUUUCAUCGAAUUCUUUCACGGGUUCGGUCCCUUCCUCUAUAGGAAACAUGGCGUCACUGAAGAAACUUGAUCUCUCUUACAAUACUAUGAACGGGUCAAUAGCAGAAAGCUUGGGGAAGCUUGCGGAGCUUGUGGAUCUGAACUUGAUGGCGAAUACAUGGGAAGGUGUUCUGCAAAAGUCUCACUUCGUGAAUCUCAGAAGCUUGAAAACCAUUCGUCUCACAACUGAACCAUACAGAUCUCUUAUCUUCAAGGUACCAUCUACUUGGAUUCCUCCUUUCAGACUAGAGUUAAUCCAAAUCGAGAACUGCCAGAUCGGUCCUUCGUUUCCAAUGUGGCUUCAAGUACAGACCAAGCUCAACUAUGUCGUACUCAGAAACACUGGAAUUGAAGAUACAAUACCGGAUAGCUGGUUUUCAGGAAUCUCUUCUGAAGUAACUUACCUGAUUCUAGCAAACAACAGAAUCAAAGGUAGAUUACCUCAAAAGCUUGCGUUCCCAAAGUUAAACAACAUUGACUUAAGCUCCAACAGCUUUGAAGGCCCUUUUCCUCUCUGGUCAACAAACGCAACGGAGCUGCGUCUUUACGAGAACAACUUCUCGGGUUCUAUUCCUCAGAACAUUGACGUCUUGAUGCCAAGGAUUCAAAAUAUCUACCUCUUUCAUAACAGCUUCACCGGCAACAUCCCAUCAUCUCUAUGUGAUAUCUCCGGGCUGCAAAUUCUAUCUCUCAGGAAGAACCAUUUCUCUGGUAGUUUGCCAAACUGUUGGCACCGGCAGUUCAUGCUUUAUGGAAUUGAUGCGUCUGAGAAUAACUUAUCAGGCCAAAUACCAGAGUCUUUAGGUCAGUUACCUUCUCUCAGCGUCUUGCUUCUGAACCAAAAUGCGUUGGAAGGUAAAAUCCCAGAGAGUCUUCAGAAUUGCUCUGGACUUACGAACAUCGAUCUUGGAGGAAACAAGCUGACUGGGAAGCUUCCUUCAUGGUUAGGAAAGUUGUAUUCUCUGUUCAUGCUUCGUCUGCAAAGUAACUCCUUCAUUGGCCAAAUCCCAGAUGAUCUCUGCAGCGCUCCUAAUCUACGCAUUCUGGAUCUCUCCGGAAACAAAAUCUCCGGACCAAUUCCAAAAUGCAUCAGCAAUCUCACAGCCAUUGCUCGAGGUACAAACAACGAGGUGUUUCAGAAUCUAGUCUUCAUUGUGACAAGAGCUCGUGAAUACCAAGACAUAGUCAAUAGCAUAAACCUUUCAGGAAACAACAUAAGCGGAGAGAUCCCAAGAGAAAUCUUGGGACUCCCGUAUCUUCGAAUCUUGAAUUUAUCAAGAAACUCCAUAGCAGGAAGCAUUCCAGAGAAGAUUUCAGAACUGAGUCGCUUGGAGACGCUUGAUCUAUCAAGAAACAAGCUUUCUGGAGCCAUUCCUCAGAGCUUGGCAGCAAUAACUUCUCUGCAAAGUCUGAAUCUUUCGUACAAUAAACUGGAGGGGAGCAUACCUAAGCUUGUCAAGUUUCAAGAUCCGUCCAUUUACAUUGGAAAUGAGUUACUCUGUGGGAAACCACUUCCUAAAAAAUGUCCAAAAGACAUAAAAUAGCAAAAUGUUGUAGUGAAUUGAGCAUACGGUACUAAGAAGUACCACCUUGCAAGAUAAAAUGUACCUACUCAUAUACCAAUAACAAUAAAAUUAUCAGCUCUAUUGUGACCAUGUUGUAACCAAUUACAGGAACUUAGCCUCUUAAGAGAUAUCGGUGAAAUGAACAAUGAAACUUGGAAGUUCAUGAAA